GAUAUGGUCACUGAUGGAGGAGGAUGGACGUUGUUUCAGAAGCGUAUGGACGGUUCUGUUGAUUUCUACCGUAAUUGGACUUCAUACAAAGACGGCUUUGGAGAUUUGAACGGGGAGCAUUGGUUAGGUAACGACAAGAUCCACCUCCUGACUGAACAAGCCAGCUAUGAGCUGCGUGUGGAUAUGGAGGACGCGGACGGUGUUUGGGCGUACGCACACUACGACCAUUUUGCUCUCUCCUCAGAGGCGGCCAACUAUCAGUUGACUGUUGGGACAUAUUCUGGAACCGCAGGGGAUUCAUUUUCAAGGCACAAUGGUCAAGUUUUUACUACAAAAGACCAAGGUCCAAAUAACGGACAGUGCGCAAAAACAUACAAGGGAGCGUGGUGGUAUCAAAAUUGUCACUCAUCGAACUUGAACGGCCUGUAUCACCAUGGUAACCACACGUCAUACGCUGACGGGGUCAACUGGUAUACGUUCAGGGGCUAUCAUCACUCUUUGAAAACAACCGUGAUGAAAAUCCGCCCUAUUAACUUUUAG